AUGCCGCUACCCGAUUCCGACUCCGAAGGUGAAUGGGAAGAAGGGAACUCUGACGCUGACCUCUUCGCGAAUUCCGGCGGCGGCAUCUACUCCUCCCCGAUCAGGACUGCGUCACCGCGCGGCGCACAGUCCACUUGUGCUGUGCGCGCUCAUAACUUGGCCGAGAAGAUCAACGCUUUGGAUUUGAAGGCGAAGGAGUACUCUCUCGCCAGCAAACUUGUUGCGACGGACGAUAAGGCGAACCAGGAGUUUAUGCUGGUUUAUCUCCAAGAUACUAGGUUUGAUGCCCGCGAGGCUGCCAUUCUCGAAGAACGUUUUCAGGCAAAGGUGAGGAGGGUCUACGAGGCGAAGCGCCAGGACGACCUCAACAGGGCAAGAAUUGAGAAGGAGUACCGGGAGAAGUUGGCAAGGGAGGCAGAAGAGGCUGCUCGAAGAGCCGGGGAAAUUGCUAGGCAGCAGGAGAUGGAGAGGCAAAGGCACGAACAGGAAAAGAGGGAGCAGGAACAGAGAGCAGCGGAGGCUGCUAGGCUUCAGGCAGAGAGGGUGAGGGCCGAAGAGGAGAGGAAACGUCAGGCGGAUCUGGAGAAGGAAGAAGCUCUUAAGAGACAGAAGGAUGCGGAGGAAGCGAAGGUGAAGGCGGAGCGAGAUUCUAAGGAACGAGCCGUCAGGGAAGCUGCAGCCGCCCUACAUGCUGCUUCCCGUUCUGGUCCGCGGGUCUACGGUAGAAAAUCUACGACUUACGAGAGAGUCGCAAUGCAGAGAGUUAUCGCGUCUCUACAUCAAUUGCGUCAUACCGUGCUCCAAGAGGAGGCGUUCUCCAAAGAAAAGAAGUUGACUACUAUCCGCCGCGGAUUGCGUCCCAAGUUUGGUCAGUUAAAUGGUGAGAGAAAUCAGACUAUCGAAGUUCGUGACUUCCUUAAAAAUACUUUUGUCGAUCUUCGCAGUGACCAAGAGGGGCCAAUGAUUUCGGCCAAUGAUUUCUUCCUCAACCAGGAUCCUUCUUGUGAUGUUCCCGUCCCGGUGGCUUUUGUCUGGACUGUCAAUGAGCUUGCGAAAUUGCUUGUCAAGCAAGUCGUCAAUGAAUGCGCUAUGAAGCCUGUCACUGCGGAUCCGAUCGGGGUUGCAGUCAUCUCCACGUUUGCAGACGAACGUUUGCUCGUCAAUGGCCAUUCCUUUAUCGACAUUGUCAUUGCUAGACUGCUGAAGAAGACCCCCAUCUUGACUGGCGAACUUGGCCCGGAAACUACCGAGGGCGAUCGCAAGAGAUUAGGUUGGAUCCAAGGGGGGGAUGGGACCUGGGAAACUGAGGAAAACCAUGUCAACCGUAUGGUGGGAUUGACGGCCGGGUAUACUGCUAUCGCUGGAAGAAACUUUGGAAAUUCAAAGUUGAUAAACCCAUAUCCAAUAUUCAACCUCUGGCAUGCCGUAGCCACCGUCCUCAACGCCCCUGCCGAUAAGCUCACAAACACACACUACUUCGUCAUGAAGACUUUUCUCGAAGUCGGCGCCAAAAAGCUCGUCGACGUUUAUGGCCACCAAGCUAAGAAAUUGGUCGAACUCGCUGUCGGCGAUUGGGCCCUCAGGGGAGAAUCACAGGGCUUCUCGGGCGCCGUCUCGGUCAAGGCGUUUGGCAAAUUCUUGAGGGGUGAGGAGUGGUGGAAGAACUCUUGAAAGGGAAACGGGAUUUAUGUCUUUCAAGUUUUUUUCUCAUUUUAACGAUGGAUAGGUGUUGUGACAUCUUUGACGGCGAUCACGAUAAUAUCUCGUUUGCUUUCGGUUUCUCCCUGUCUUUCUGUUUCAUCCUCUCGUUUGGGUUCGGGGUUUUCCUUGCCAGGUUAAAUAUCAUAGUAGUAUUAUAGUGGUGUAUAUUAGAGCCUUUGUAGAUUUGGGACUGCGGGAUUCUAUGAUGCAUUCCUUUCA